ACUAUCCGAUUUCUGGAAAGAUUAGCAGUAAGUGAAACGAAAAAGUUGAUACAAUUACAAAUUUCUAUAAUUCGAAGGUGUUAACUUUAGAUAUUUUAUGCUAGAUAGUGCAAUACGAUCAAAAAUUACAUCUUAAUUAUCAAAUAAUUUACACCGAUCCAUAGAGAGAAUCUAGAUCAAUUUAGACUGCUGACCCAGCAAUCGUCUGAAUAUAUCGUUAGUACUUUCCACAACCAUCACCCAUCGCUACUGCUGUUCCACACUUACGUCAUUUAUGUUUGUUUAGCUUUUGAUCCAAGUUGUUACUGGAUUCUUCCAUAUUUUCGAUGUACUGUCUGUUAGUUUGUUUUACCUAACAUCAGUUACAUUUAUAAACACUAUCCGAUUUCUGGAAAGAUUCGCAGAGGACGUUUUUAACUGUUCCUAAUUUUCCGUAAUGGGGAAACCUAGUGGUCCUGCUCCACAAGUUAAUGGGAUUUCUCCAAACCAAGGAACCCCUGGUACAAAACUGACUAUUAGAGGAGAAAACUUGGGGAACACUGCAAGUGAUCUUCUACAUGUAUUCAUUGGUGGGAUAGAUGUUGGAAGAAGUGCUCAAUGGUUCUCACCCAAGAAACUUACUGCCAUUACACCACUGGGAGAAGGUGAACUUGAAAUCGUUGUGGUUACCGAUAGUGGGGGCAUUGGAACUGCCGCAGUGAUUUAUCGCCAAAAUAUCCUUCGCGUAGUCAGUCCACAAACUGUUGUAACUUAUUGGCCAGAAGAUGAUAGACGUGUUGCUCCUACUAGUGGUAGUACUUCUGCAGGAUCAUCCGGAUCUACUGUAGCUGUUGGAUGUGUUCCUGGAGCAGAGCUCGAUCAUUCCACUGGCCUUCCAAUGUCAGAGUUGAGUCGAAUUAGUAUGCCACUGUCAGACUCUGCUUUGAGAGAAAUAUACCCACGGUCAGGUUCAGUGCAUUUGGCCGAUAAAGAUUUUAAUCCAGUUAUGUUUCUACUGAAAUUCUAUAAAAAUUCCAAUUUUAAUGAUUUAUUGGUUACGGUGAAAAAUUUUCGCCAAAGUAUGGGUCAGGAAGGUCCAGGCGAACCUGUCAAUGUUAUUAGAACAAAUCUAGUUUUAAUUUUUCGGUGUCUGGAUGGAAUGGAUGGUUUACGUCGUAGAUUGGACAAUGAGAAAAAAUCAAUUGAAACAAGUGACAGCAAUGAUUUACGUUUGGAAUCAAUUCUUUACGAUACCCGUACACUUGGUCAUCGUUUAUUUGAAGAUAUUUUAAAACGUAGAGAUAGGGGUGAUUCAAUUAAAAAUGCUAUAUCUGUUUUGCAACGUUAUCAGUUCCUGUUCAAUCUACCACAUGCUAUUCGAACAAAUAUAUCCAAAGGUGAUUACAAUUUGGUAUUGAAUGAUUACUUACGUGCAAAAUCAUUAUUCUCCAGUUCAGAUACUGAGGUUCUACGCCGUAUUUAUAGUGAUGUGGAAACUGUAGUUGCUAAUUUUUCUGUUAUGCUUCGUAAUCAACUAAUUUCUAUGCCAAUUGAUUGUGAUGAUGCAAGACAUAAAAUUGGGUAUCUAACUCAAUUAGAAGUGGAUUAUGAUCCUGGUUGGUUAUGUUUGACAUAUUUCAAAGAUUGGCUGAUCGAUCAACUACGUAAUUACCAGCGUAUAUCUCAUCAAGAUAUGGUCGAUGGUAAUUCAAUGAAAAAUAAACAGUUUGAUGGUUCUAAUAUCAUUGGUAAUCUUCUCUCUGUCGAUAAUAAAUCGUCUAUAAUGAAUCCUGAUUCAUUCAUCUUAUUUGCUGAAGACUUUUAUGGUGUUCCACCAAUGGUUGGUAUGGUAAAAGCAGUAUGUCGUUUACUUACUACACAUGUUAUUCAAUUUUGGCGUUUGGGUACAGCUUAUAUUUCGGGGCAGUUAAAUUAUAACAAUCAAAAAUCUUAUGAUAAACUUGGUCAGACGUCGUCAACAAACGAUCCUAAAGCGGCAUGGCUGCAAAUUAAUUUAGAACUUGUACACUCUGUGUCCAAUCACAUGCGUGAUAUUGUUCUUGAAGCUUUCAGCACUACAUCUAAUGAAACUUCAUUAACUGAUCAUUUAUUAGAGUGUAUAAAAGAAUAUAGGUAA